GAUCGGAGCAGAGUUGGCUGAGAUCUGGACUUCUGGCUUCUACUUCCACCGUGGGAGUUGGGGCAGGACUCCUGGGCUCUAUCCCAGCAGUGAUCCCUGCCAGAAUAGGUGGAGCAGAGAUAAUCCCUUUGCCAGCUGAUCUGGGAAAGGGCGGGGAGCCGGCUGUGUGGGAAGAUGUUGAUGGUUUGAUGAUAGCUCUGGCAUCGUUCUCAGUCUCCGGCUUCCCCUUCUCUGGCUGCUUUACUCGAUGUACGCUGGUCCUGCGAGUAGAAUCUCAGCUCCCCUCACCCUGGGGUUUGGAUCCCAUAGCCCGGCGAGAGAGAGGAUCCCAGGACGAAGGAGAGAAAAGAGUGACAGAGAGUGAGAGAGGAGAGAAUCUCAGCCAAAGAUGUUGCUCAUUGUGUCCACCCUCGUGAGCCUCCUGCAACCGGUGCUGUCGGCGUUGUCGGGGGCUGUGCUGUGGCAGGGCCUGGAGCACUGGUAUUUCCUGCUGGGCCUGCGCUUGCUGGCCAUGUACUUUGCCAGUUCGCCGUGGGAGAGUGCACAGCAGGAUAUGGCGUGUGCCUGGAGCCCCGGCCAGGAGGUGGAGACCCGGACCUUCUGCACCUCGGUCUGCUACAACCGCCACUUCCUGGUACCCGUCCUGCCCACCUGGGGCUUCUCCUUCCUCAUCGCCCUGCUCCCCAUCACCAUCAUCAGAAUGCUGUACCCCAAAAAGGAUCCUCACGGCAAGGGGGGGCAGGAGGUCACAGCGACGGCCACAUGCAACAAAGCCACCGAGCACACGUCGGUAGAAUCCUCCAGGGCCACCAGACCCAAGCUAGUUGGAGAAUCCAACAUGGCCACGAAAUCCAACAUGGCUGCCACGGUCCGGCUGCUGGGAGAAUCCAAGGUGGAUGGCAGACCUAAACUGCUUGGGGAAUCCAAUAUGGUCACCAAAUCCAACAUGGCUGCAACAUUCAGACCAGUGGGAGACUCCAACAUGGCCGCCACCCCAAAGCUGGUUGGUGCGACCAGUGUGGCUGCCAGAGACAACACGGUUGGCCUGAGUGGUGUGACUGGGUCACCGGCAGGACCCGACAUGGCUGCCCAGCCGCCCUGGUGUGCCGGCGUCAUCACCGUGUGCAUCGCUGUGCUGCUGGCCACGGAGGUCGGAUUCCUGUGGGCCCUGCUGGCCCGGCAGCUGCCCAUGGUAUCAGGGCCCACCUUCCCCUGCUUCCCCGGCACCCCGGCCUGCCCCCCUGUCCUCGAGUGUGCCGUGCGGGGCCAGGCCGACAAGCACAUGGCUCUGGUCAUCUUGGCCCUCACGGCCUCCUUCAGCAUCCUGAUCUGCCUAGGCUAUGGGGGUGUGUGGCUAGGCCGGGCCACCUGUUGCCGUGGGAGACAGGAGCGGGAGCAGAACCCAGAGGGGGGACACCUGAGGUGCUGUGAUGGGUGUCAAGAGGGGGAGAUGGGGGAAGGCAGGGUGCUGAGAGGACCCUGGGAGUGCAUUUCCGAGUAG